AUGCUGGCCCUGCUGCUGUCGCUGCACACGCUGGGCCGGUCGCUGGCCAUGGCGAGCGCGGAGCUGCUGGCGGUGCCCGGGGCUGCGGGCCGGGCCGGCGGCGGAGGCGGCGGGGUCUCGCCCGGGGUGGGCACGGAGGCGCGGGAGGCGCUGGAGCGGGUCCUGCCCGUGCUCCGCAGGGCCCUCGGCCACGCCGUGAGGGCGGACACGGCCCCGGCGCUGCGGGCCGCGCUCUCCGAGGUGUUCCGGCUGGUGGAGGAGGCCUGGGGGAUGCCCGCCGUGGGCAGGGACGUGGCCAAGGUGCUGUGCGAUGUGAUCCGCCUCGAGGGCGGCCUGGACCUGCUGCUCAGCCUGCUCUACACCGCCGAGCUGGAGACCAAGUGCCAGGCGGGGAAACUGCUGGAGCAGAUCCUGGUGGCGGAGAACAGGGACCGCAUUGCUCGCAUCGGUCUGGGCGUGAUCCUGAACUUAGCCAAGGAGAGGGACAUCCCCCAGCUGGCCCAGAGCCUCUCUGGCAUCCUGGAGCACAUGUUCAAGCACACGGAGGAGACCUGCUUCCAGCUCAUCUCCGACGGAGGCCUGGACACCAUCCUGUACUGGUGCCGCUGGACGGACCCCGCCGUGCUGCGCCACUGCGCCAUGGCCUUGGCCAACUGUGCCAUGUACGGGGGCCAGGCCAACCAGCGCCUCAUGAUCGAGAAGAAGGCAGCAGAGUGGCUCUUCCCCCUGGCCUUCUCCAAAGACGACGAGCUGAUCCGGCUGCACGCCUGCCUGGCCAUCACGGUGCUGGCCACCAACAAGGAGAUCGAGAAGGAGGUGGAGCGCUCGGGGACGCUGGCGCUGGUGGAGCCCUUCAUCGCCUCGCUGGACCCCGAGCAGUUCGCCUGCCGGAUGCUGGGCAGCAGUGACAACACCCAGGGGAGGACAGCGCAGGACCUGCAGCGCCUGGUGCCGCUGCUGGACAGCUCCAGGCUGGAGGCUCAGUGCAUCGCCGCCUUCUACCUGUGCACCGAGGCUGCCAUCAAAGCCAGGCAGAAGAAAACACAGAUUUUCAGUGAGAUUGGGGCCACGCAGAGCCUGAAGAGGAUUGUGUGCUACUCCACCAGCAGCACCACCUCCUCCCUGGCCAAAAGGGUUCUGCGCCUGAUAGGGGAGGAGGUUCCUCGGCGCAUCCUUCCCACGGUUCCCAACUGGAAAUCCUGCGAGGUGCAGACGUGGCUGCAGCAGAUUGGAUUCAAUAAAUACUGCCAGAGAUUCCUGGAUCACCAGGUGGAUGGGGACAUUCUCUUGAGGCUGACAGAGGAGGAGCUGCAGAAGGAUUUGGGGAUGGACUCCAGCAUCACUCGGAAAAGGUUUUUCCGGGAGCUGACGGAGCUCAAGACCUUCGCCAACUACUCCACCUGCGACCGCAGCAACCUGGCCGACUGGCUGGGGGGCAUCGAGCCCAAGUUCCGGCAGUACACCUACAACCUGCUCACCUGCGGCAUCGACCGCAACUUCCUGCACCGCGUGACGGAGCAGCAGCUGCAGGAGGACUGCCACAUCCACACCGGCUUCCACCGCGUCCGCAUCCUCACCGCGGCCAGGGAGACGCUGCACUCGCCCAUCACGCUGCAAACCGCGACCAACGGGACCGACGUGUUCAUCAGCUACCGCAGGAGCACCGGCUCGCAGCUGGCCAGCCUGCUGAAGGUCCACCUGCAGCUCCACGGCUUCAGCGUGUUCAUUGAUGUGGAGAAGCUGGAGGCAGGGAAGUUUGAAGAUAAGCUGAUCCAGAGUGUCCUGAGUGCCCGGAAUUUUGUGCUGGUGCUCUCACCAAACGCGCUGGAUAAAUGCAUGGAGGACCCCGAGUGCAAGGACUGGGUACACAAGGAGAUUGUGACAGCCCUGAACUCUGGGAAGAACAUUGUACCUGUUACAGAUCACUUUGAGUGGCCAGACCCAGAAACUCUCCCCAAGGACAUGAGGGCUGUCCUGAAAUUCAAUGGUAUCAUGUGGUCCCACGAGUACCAGGAGGCCACGAUUGACAAAAUCAUCCGCUUCCUCCAGGGCCGCUCCUCGCGGGACUCCUCGGCCGGCUCGGAGAACGGGCUGGACUGCCUGCACUCCCUGGGGCAGAGCUAGAACCAGCACAGCAGCCUCACAGACUCACAGGCGACCCCUUUUUUUGUGUGGGGGUCCAAAUUUAUCCCUUCUGACUUUUUUCCCAUCUUUGAGAGAAAUCCUGUGGCUCUUACUCCCUCUCAAUACAAGCCCACGGCCCCAGCGCUCACUCCCCCAGCACCUGGGGAGCCAAGCAAAGCUGGACUCUGGGAUGGAUUGUGUGUCUUCCACGUCCUCCUGUGGGGUGUGAGGGUGACUGGCACCAUCCAGACCCCCACAGGCAGCUGCAGCUUCCCCCAGAAACACAUCCAAAGAGGGAGAAUCUUUGGAGGACUGAAAAUUGGAGAAGUGUUGAGAAUCCGUUGUAAGAGGACACAAGGGAGAGAAGAGCAAUUGAGAGGAAGGUGAGGCUCUGCCGUGUGCCCCAGGAGUAUCCUUGUGGUCAGAAACUGAGAGCAGGAAAGGGCAAAUAAAAAUUAAGCCCUAACAAAAUCUUUGUGUUUGGGAAAGAUAACCCACAGGGGCCUCCUGAAGUGCUUUAUCUUUCCCAGCAAUGUCCCUUUAUCACAAGAGCUCCUUCCCUCCUCAAAGGACUUCCACCUCCCAGUGCUGCAAAACCACUUUGUGCUCUUACCUCUGGCAGUGGGAAUUUGGGGUUAGACCACGUGAAGCUUCUGCAGGAUCCCUGCAAAAAGUGCUUUUAAAAUACCCUCCUUCCCCCCAUCUGAAGUCUCAGCUUCACCAUUUUAUCAGGUCUGUAUUUCCAGGGCACUGGAGGCUGGAUUGUGACCCUGGAAAACUCGAAAUCCAUGCAGGGAAGAUGCUAAUUGCUGUACUUGUGGAGUUAUUCCACACUGUGGCUGUAUUUUAUCC